AUGGGACAAUUAGUUGAAGGUAUUUGGCAUGAUGUUUGGUAUGACACCAAGGCACACGGUGGACGAUUCGUACGCACUGUAACUCAGUUUCGCAAUUGGUUGUCAAAGGACGGCAAAGUAGCAGAGACUGGUCGGGCUUUCCCUGCCGAAGCUAAUCGCUAUCACCUGUACGUGUCCUAUGCGUGCCCGUGGGCUCACCGUGUUCUUGCAGCUCGCACCCUCAAGGGCCUUGAGGAAUUGCUGCCUGUGUCGGUCGUUCAUCCCCUUAUGCUUAAGAACGGUUGGGAACUCAGCAGCGACUUCCCCGGUGCCACGGGCGAUCAACUGUACGACUUGAAGUUUUUGUAUCAAUUGUACACCAAGGCUGACCCCAAAUAUACUGGUCGUGUCACAGUGCCUGUUCUGUGGGAUACCAAGGAACAGACCAUCGUGAGUAACGAGUCUAGUGACAUUAUUCGUAUGCUCAAUACCGCCUUUGAUGAUUUGGGAGCCAAGCCUGGUAACUACUACCCAGAGGAGUUGCGUCCACAAAUCGACGAUGUCAAUUCCUGGAUCUACGACCUCAUCAACAACGGCGUCUACAAGUGUGGCUUCGCAACCACCCAGGAGGCCUACGACGAGAAUGUGUAUCCUUUGUUUGAAGCUUUGGAUCGUGUCGAGGCAAUUCUUUCCAAGCAGCGCUACUUGACUGGCUCAAGACUUACUGAGGCCGAUGUUCGCUUGUGGACAACUCUGGUGCGCUUUGAUCUGGUCUAUGUCCAGCAUUUCAAAUGUGAUAUUAAGCGUAUCUCUGACUACCAUAAUAUCCAAAACUACAUGCUCGAUCUUUACCAGACUGGUGGACUGGGUGAGACUGUUAAUGUACCGCAUAUUCGGACACACUACUAUCGCUCCCACAAUACAAUCAACCCCUACGGUAUCAUUUCCGCCGGCCCCAAGCUUGAUUUCAAUGCGCCACAUGAUCGCAACCGUUUCUAA